UGUCUAGAUAAUUCCCACACGCGUCACGAACCCUAGAAUUCUGCCAGAUGUGCCCGAACCGAUCAAAACGGAGACAGAAUAGAAAUCGGAUCGAAGAGGGGAGAAGCGGGCGAGAUAGAAGAGUGUUCGAGAGAGAAAGGGCUGCUUCGAUUCAACCCCUUCGCGCUUCCCUGCUGCGGAAAGGCACCGGAUUCUGGUUGAACACUGUUUUUUGUUCCUUGGCAGAAAAAAGGCUCUGAAUUUCUUCAACACAUUGAAUCAACUAUUUGAUUGGUCGAACACUGUUUUAUUGUUCCUUGGCAGAAGAAAGGUGCAGAAGGAGAAUUGUGAUAUAGAUUCUGAGUUAUUGGGGAUUCUUUUCUCCAAGCCCUUGGUCAUCAUAUAUCUUCGAGUUGCUGAUACAGAGGGAUGGGAAAGCCGCUGAUAUUCGAAAUAUUGGAGAAACCCGCGACUAGCUGUAUCAUCACUCUGUGCUCCGCGAUUUGGUUCUACAUUCAGAAGAAGAACAUUGGAUACACGAAUGUGGGAUUGAGCUAUGAAACAGCGAUUGAAGGGCAGUAUUGGAGGAUCUUUACCUCUGCAUUCUCCCACAUCAGUGUGGUGCAUUUGGUUUUCAACAUGAGUGCACUUUGGAGCCUAGGAGUGGUAGAGCAGUUAGGCCAUUUGGGACUUGGGAUCGGGUUCUAUCUCCGGUACACUCUCGUUCUGAUACUCGUGUCGGGAUUGCUGGUUCUGUGGACUUACCAUCUCUUGAUUCAGAAAUUCAAGUUGGAUCAUUUCCGAAGAGUGACAGCCGUCGGUUAUUCAUGUGUGGUAUUCGGGUGGAUGACUAUCCUCGCAGUGAAGCAGCCGUCCUCAAGUCUGAAUCUAUUUGGAGUUCUCUCUUUGCCGAUCAGCUUUGCGCCCUUUGAAUCGCUGAUCUUCACGUCCAUAAUUGUGCCGCAGGCAAGUUUCAUAGGCCAUUUGUCGGGUAUUAUCGUCGGCUACUCAAUAGCCUGGGGGUUGAUUCAUGGCAUGAACAAUUACUGGACUGUUUCAUUGUUUGGGUGGCUCGUACUCCUGUUGGCUCUGAGCUUAAAGCGAACGGAGACUCUUGAUCUUUCAUUCAUCGAGAUUGAACCUAUAGCCGAUUCUUCGCUGCCCUCAUUCGGUUUUCUUUCGGGUAAUGGCCGUACGCUGCAAAUGAAUGUAAUACCUAAUAGAGGCGCGGAACUCGUGUAAGUCAUCAAUAUCACUACAAGAUGAUUGAUCAUCACAUAGCAAUUGCUACUAGUAUAGUGUUGUUUUCAUUGAUUUUCUUGCGGAAAAGUGAUUGUCUUAUCGGAGUGCUAGUGAAUUUCGAACAAAAGACUUGUUAAGUUCAUCUGAUCGUGUCAUUUGAUGUUGGAGUUGUGUA